CCUUCCUUUAACUCCCUUACCGCACUCCGCCGGCCGGCUCUUUCCACCACCACUCCCUCCCCAACUCUUGUUGUUAUUAUUAUUAUUAUUACUACUAUUAAUUAUCACCACGUCCGUGUCCGCUCCUGCCGGCGAGGCAGGCAUGCUCCCGACGCUGCUCUCCCUGCUGCUGGCCGCCCAGCUCCACCUCGCUCUGCCCCAGCCGCCGGCACCUGCCGACGACGGAGCCCCGCCGCCCCCCGCCGCCGCCGCCCGGCCGCCGCCACCCCGUCCCCGUCCCGGCCCUCCCCCGGGGCCGUCCCGCGGGGCCAGCGGCAUCGUGCGGCGCCUCGACCCGACCUACGCGGGGGGCGGCAAGGCGGGCUACGUCCUCUACGCCGGGGGCCAGCGCUUCCUCCUCGACCUGGAGCGGGACGAGGCGGCGGGGCAGGCGGCCGGAGGGCCGCCGCGCUGCUACUACCGCGGCAGGGUGGACGGCAGCCCCCGCUCCCUGGCCGUCUUCAACCUCUGCGGCGGCCUCGACGGCUUCUUCGCCGUCGGACGCUCCCGCUACACCCUCAGGCCGGCGCGGCGCGGCGGGGUGGCGGCCGACCCGCGGAUCUACGGGGAGGGCCCGGCCCGCUCCCCCCACCUCUUCCGCAGGGACGCCUUCAGCUUCCAGACGGUGCCGGCCCGCACCAGCUGCGAGACCCGCGACCCGGCCGGGCCGGCGGCGGCGGGGGACGGCCGGCGGCGGCGGCGGCGGCGUCGCUCCGUCUCCCGGGCCCGGCAGGUGGAGCUGCUGCUGGUGGCCGACGCCUCCAUGGUCCGCAAGUACGGGAAGGGGCUGCAGCACUACCUGCUCACCUUGGCCUCCAUCGCCUCCCGGCUCUAUGCCCACGCCAGCCUGGAGAACCACGUCCGGCUGGCCGUGGUGAAGGUGGUUGCCCUGGGGGAGAAGGAGAAAGGGCUGGAGGUCAACAGGAACGCCGCCACCACCCUCAAGAACUUCUGCAAGUGGCAGCACCAGCACAACCGCCUCGACGACGACCACGACGAGCACUACGACGCCGCCAUCCUCUUCACCCGCGAGGAUUUAUGUGGGCAUCAUUCAUGUGAUACUCUGGGAAUGGCAGACGUUGGGACCAUAUGCUCUCCUGAGCGCAGCUGUGCAGUGAUUGAAGAUGACGGCCUCCAUGCAGCUUUUACAGUGGCUCACGAAAUUGGGCACUUGCUUGGGCUUUCCCAUGACGACUCCAAAUUUUGUGAGGAGAACUUUGGCUCCAUGGAAGAUAAGCGCCUGAUGUCCUCCAUUCUGACUAGCAUCGAUGCUUCAAAACCCUGGUCCAAAUGCACUUCGGCAACUAUAACAGAAUUUUUCGAUGAUGGUCAUGGUAACUGUUUGCUGGACCAACCGAGAAAGCAGAUCCUGGGCCCCGAGGAGCUUCCGGGACAAACCUACGAUGCCAUUCGUCAGUGCAAACUGGCGUUUGGACCCGAAUACACAGUGUGUCCUGGUAUGGAUGUUUGCUCUCGCCUCUGGUGUGCAGUUGUGCGCCAAGGUCAGAUGGUCUGUCUGACUAAGAAGCUGCCUGCUGUGGAGGGAACACCAUGUGGAAAAGGGAGGAUCUGCCUCCAGGGAAAAUGCGUUGACAAAACCAAGAAGAAAUACUACUCAGCUUCAAGCCAUGGUAACUGGGGGUCCUGGGGGCCUUGGGGACAGUGCUCGCGUACCUGUGGCGGAGGAGUGCAGUUUGCUUAUCGUCACUGCAAUAACCCAGCUCCUAGGAACAACGGCCGGUACUGCACCGGCAAGAGGGCCAUCUACCGCUCCUGCAACGUCGCACCCUGCCCGGCAAAUGCUAAAUCUUUCCGACAAGAGCAGUGUGAAGCAAGGAAUGGCUAUCAGUCUGACGCAAAGGGUGUCAAGACAUUUGUUGAAUGGGUCCCCAAGUACGCUGGAGUACUUCCCGGAGACGUUUGCAAGCUCACCUGCCGAGCCAAAGGAACUGGCUAUUAUGUGGUAUUUUCUCAGAAGGUAACUGAUGGUACUGAGUGUCGACCGUACAGUAAUUCAGUCUGCGUCCGUGGAAAAUGCAUCCGAACUGGUUGUGAUGGCAUCAUUGGUUCAAAGCUCCAAUAUGACAAAUGUGGGGUGUGUGGAGGAGACAAUUCCAGCUGCACAAAAGUCAUGGGAACCUUUACCAAAAAGAGCAAGGGCUACACGGAUAUAGUGAAAAUCCCGGAAGGGGCAACCCACAUCAAAGUUCGGCAGUUCAAGACCAAGGACCAGAGCAGGUUCACUGCCUACCUGGCCCUGAAAAAGAAAAACGGUGAGUACCUUGUUAAUGGAAAAUACAUGAUCUCCACUUCAGAAACAAUCAUUGACAUCAAUGGGACUGUCAUGAACUACAGCGGCUGGAGUCACAAAGAUGAUUUCUUGCACGCGAUGGGACACUCUGCCACAAAAGAGGUUCUUAUUGUGCAGAUACUUGCGACUGACCCCACUCAACCAGUGGAUGUCCGCUACAGUUUCUUCGUGCCAAAGAAGCAAGGGCAAAUGACUAACUCUGUCACCAGCAGUGGCGGCGGCAGCAGCAGCAAAGUAACUCCACAGCUCACGCAACCCCGCUGGGUUACGGGGCCGUGGCUUUCUUGUUCUCGAACAUGUGACACGGGAUGGCACACCAGGACUGUCCAGUGCAAAGACGGGCAUGGAAAAUUAGCUAAGGGAUGUCUUCUCUCGCAGAGACCGUCAGCGUUUAAACAGUGCUUGUUGAAAAAGUGUUAACCUGUGGUUGCGACCUUCUUUGAAAGAGGUUUGAUUAAGCCAUUGUUGACAUACUGGUAUUAGGUCUGCCCAGAGAGAGAAGCAAAGGCUUCAAUGUACUUACAUACAGUCUCAAAUUAUGGGCAGAAUCUGCCUAUUUGGACCAAAUGAAGAUGUGCACUGCUUUAAGUAAUAGUAGGGUGAUCUUAAUAUGUCAAAAAACUAAGCAUUAAAGUUGUUAUAAGCCCUCUGUGUCUGCAAAAGUAUAAAAUAAAAUAAUGCAAAAGAAGAAAAACUAGUGAAUGGAGGAUCCUGGGAUAUUUGAAGGUUACAGAAUCAUCUCCCCUUUUUCACCUACCUCUAAUACAGUAUGUGCUUAGAAAGCGUCACAUGUACCCAUGAUACCACAGUAGCUUGUUUUAUACUGUUUUGUAAAUAUCUUUCAUUUGGUAUGUCACUUUAUAUCACUUGGUUCUAUUAAAAAAUCAAAAGACAAAGUACAUAGGCAAAGUGAUUGACCAAAGUAUAUCUGCAGCCCUUGUGGACUCGAUCCAUUCUUCAGAAAGGGCCGCAGAUGUUUUACUGGAAAACGAAGAGCUUGCUGCUGGUUUUAAAAAACAAUACCUUUUGGUUUUGACAAAAGGAAACACAUUUUCGUGCUAGGAAUUUCCUGACAGCAGAUCAUUACUCUAUGACAAAUACUGUGUUUCCACCAAGUAAUUCUGAGAAGGAGCAGUGCAGCAGCUUGCAGACCAGGGAUUCCCGCAUGUACGUUGCUGAAAUACCAGCACCAUCAGUGACUCCUCACCCUGUGUGUGUCAGGUGCACACAGGAGGAGGAUUUGGCUGCUAGAAGGAAUUUGUGUACACUUUGCUUGUCAACCUUCCACUAGUUCCAGCUGUGUCACAGCUUGGGGUCCGGGUUGUCGAUGAACAAUGGCUGCCAGCUUCUUCUUUCCAUAAAACAAAGGCAUACUGUAUUUUGUAGAAACUAGUUAGAGAACCAAAAAUUACAGGUAAGAUAAUCAAGUGUCUUCUAACUCAGAUAUUCUGAGGCUGUGUUCAACUGCUUUCUCUGUUAUUUUCUCUAUGGCUUCCACCUUGAAUCUAACAAUGUGUAAUGUACCUGGAUCUUCUGAAGAGGCUAUAAAGGUCAAAAAAACACAGCAAGCAGUUAAUAUUUUAUCACUGUUUUGUCCAUCAUGUCUAACUCUGGUAUUCAUCUUACCAGCAAAAGUUUGUAACUAUUUGUCUUUUUUGAUUGUUGUGUGUGUGGUUUUGGUUUUGUUUUGUUUUGUUUUUUUAAAGCUACAGAAGGCAUUCAUGUUUUGUAUGUCUACCACAUCUGGGAGGAAGAGGGGUGACUAGGAAGUCAAACCACAUCAGGAUGUGGAGGACUUGCCCGAUACCAAUAAGACUGUUUCCACAGUACAGGCAGUAGCUGUACUGUAACAAUUACCGUACUAGUAAUUGUUUUCACUGGCAGCAGCUUCUGAAUCCCAUUCUUGUCUGGUGGAAGUUCUGUGACCGAGAUGGGCAUUUCACCUUAUGCAGGUAACAGGUGGAGGCCUCAUAGCAACCCUGUCAAAAUCGCUUCCUUUUGCAUCAGCAGGCUUUGAAUUAAGCUCUAAAAUAACAGGUACCAAAAGAAAUAGUUGUAAUAAGUGGAUGAAAAAAGAAUCUCGUCUGUUUUUCAUUCCUCCCUUCAUCCCCACAGGUGAGUAUGAGACUGCAGGAGGAUUUUCAGACGAGCCUCGCAGCUGUAAGUCAGUGGUCCUGGAGCACUGAAAUACCCCAGGCGCCUCUGAAAAUCCCAGUCGUGAGAUCAGGAGAGAAAACUUGUUGGCGCGCAUAGCAAGAAGGGCAGGUCUCACUCCAGGCUGACACAAACAUGUUUUUGCAACUGUGGCAUGUUUGUAUGAACUCUAAGAAAGCAUGUGAUGGUUUCAACACAGCAUAGAAUUGCUACAUCUACAAGUAUGAAACCUGGAGAAGUAUCUAUUUGUGUAGCCUGUUCUAAAUAAACAGUAAUAGGGGCAGGGCCUCUUCCUCUGACAAAAUGAAUUGCCAGCGAAUGUUACUAGUCAUCUUCAGCUUCCAAGAAUGGUGUGGCCUUUUUAUUAGGAGUAGGACUAUGCAAAAUUGUGGAUCUUGAGGAAAAUUCCCCACUUAGUCUGUGAUCCCACCCUAAGAACUGAGAUCAAGGCUCUGAAUAGUUGCAGAGUUCUAGAAAGUUAAGACUUAUGCCUUCUCUUCCUAUUAACAGAGGAUCAUUUUGAAGUGUCUUAUUUUCCUUUCAAAUAAUCUAAUUUUUGUACUUAUAUAUAUGUAUUAAACAUGUUCUAGAACCUCUCAAAAAAGUUCAUAACAAAUAGAAACCAUCAUGAGAGGAAAAAUAUGGAGACUUAAUGCGUCUCAGUGUAGACUUAACAUUUGUCUCAACAUAGAACUGCUGUAUUAAGUGGCAUGUGUUUUAUCAUAAUAGAGACAGAAUGUGCAAGUAUUUGUGUUUGCAUCAUAGUAAUAAUUUAUUAUAUAUUCAACAGGAUGAGUAAAGCUUUUGGAUGCUAUUCAGGCUCCAGAAGAGUAAUACCAUACGCGGGUAUAAAUUUAAUGCUUCCUUAGAUUGAGUAUCUUUUUUCAUAGAAAGAGUUUAUUUAUAAAAAAUAAAUAAGUAUGAGAACAAACCACUAGAGUGAUUUUUCCCUUUUCACCGGUGUAGUAACGAAGCAAAUUGGCAUGAGGCAUUCACCUGUUCCAGGUGACCCUGCUCUGGCAGGGCGGUUGGACUAGAUGAUCUCCAGAGGUCCCUUCCAGCCCCGACCGUUCUGUGAUUCUGUGAUGAGCAAAAAGCAGUUGCCUUUAGAUGGUGAGAGGGCAAAGGAGACAGACCAAGGAAGCAACCCUAAAAGUGUAAGUUAUACUAGGUCAGCCUGCUCUAGUUUGCACUUGCUUUUGAGCUGUUCUCUGUAAUCAGAUUCCAGUUCCAAACCUUGCUUGUGUCAGUCAUGGCUAUAUCUCAUGUAACUGAUGAAAAAAAUUGGUGCAAGGUAUGUGACUUUGUCAUUUCAGCUUCUGUUCUCAACUAAAUUCCUUGUCACUCACACUGUUAUGUCAUUGUUUACAUUACCACCGAGUGUUGCCAAACAGGAUUCAGAAAAUGCAUCCAGGGGAUAGAAACCCGGAGCAUUGCUCUUUGCUGACUUUUGGGGACACACAUCUCCAGCACCUUUGCGUGGAGUUGUACCCGUAAACAUCGGUGGGUUUUAGAGCAACUGCUUCUCAAAUAAGACAAUCUCACUAGGAAAAAGCCUGUCAUCUUUGGUUUGACUGUAUACAAGAAAUUAAAUUUAGCUGCCCUCCUGUGGAAACAGUUUUAUCACAAGGGGGAGAGGGAAUAAUCUUGUGGAUUAAUCACAAUUGUAAAAAAAAAAAAAAAAAGCAACACAGCACUGAAAAAAAUAAAAUAAUUUAUUGUUUUUACAACUGGUAUGUGAACGGAUGUAAUGAAUUUAUUUAUUCUUAUUUAACAAAAAUACCAAUUGUGCAAAUUCUAUAUUUAAAAUGUUUUGCUAUCGUCUCUGUCUCUCUCUUUCUUGCUCUCUUAAUUUAUGCUUCAAAUUUGUGUUGAAAGUACACCUUGUGAGUUUACAUAAUGUAUGGCACUGGUUAUUUUUUGUAUAUUUUUAUUUAGAAAGCUUUCUGCAUGAAACAGGAGUAUAUGUGUAUACAUGUGUGCACACUGUAUAGAUGUAUAUUCUUUUUCUGCUACCAUCUUUUUCUUAGAGAAGUCGUAGAUUUUUGAUUUUGUGACACCUCAAGCUCAAAGCUCCUUGUUACGCUUUGCUUCUAAAAUCUCUCAACUAGCAAGUCAUAAAGGUCUCUGGACCAAAAAAAAAAAAACAACCACAUACCAUCUCCUAAAGAAGUCAGACAACAGACUGACUUCGCACAGGUGCCUGCGGUUCAUGCUGCACGCCUCCGGGAUUUACCACUGGAGCUGGUAGGAGUCAAUGGGAGCAAGGUCAGGCUUCUAGUCAGUGGGAGUCCUCUAGAUGGGAAUGAAGUUUCUCUGAGUUGUCAGGGUGGCAAGGGCGUCUUCUCUCAUGCGGCUUCUUGUGUUGAAGUGAAAACGCUACAGAGAAACUCCUGGGUGCCUCUUUAAAAAUAGAGCUGAAACAAUGUAUGAUGUGAUUACGAAGGAUGAACCAUUCAAAAAGCUACUUUCUCCGUCUUUCCACCAUUUAUAUACAUAUAUAAAUAUGUAUAUAUGGCUAUAAAAAGUCAAAACCCCAAUUUGGAAGGCUUUGCGGUGUUUUACUUCGUUGUAUUCUAGCUCUUUGCACCACGUCAGGCAAAGUUAGACGCAAAAAAGCCAGCAAAGCACGCAUUCCCGGUGUUUCCUUGAAAAUAAAAAUAUCUGUUUGCUUCCACUUUUCAUCCAGUCCAACUACUGCUGUACUCAAGGGAACUUGUUUUGGGCCCAGUGUAAGGGGAAAAAAUGCAAUAUAGACAAACCUACAGCUUUUCUACAGUCAGUUUAUUUAACAAUACAAAUGACUUCUGUAGCUGCUUCACCAUAAGGGCAGUACUACAGACCCCAAAUAAUCCAUUUCAGACUGUUGAAAGCUAUCUUGCUUCUCAGUGCCCACAUUCACACGAGUUAAAUUCCAGCUCAGCCUCUCUGCCCAGUGUCUGCUGCCACCCAGGCACCCCCGAAGACCCAGAGCCAGCCACAAGGCUUUAGAUGAAAUUGCGAUGGCCAGGGGGUGAUGCUCCCUCACUUAAAACCCACUCCAAAAUGCCAGGGAAUUACUAUAAGCCUUGACUUUGACCAUCCUUAGGGCAGGCCAGGCUUUAAACUGGACUUGUGAGGGUGAAGCCUUAAUAAUUGUGGGGUUUCGGCAAUGUGUUCAGGUGAGUGUUUCUCCUCGGGCUAAUGAAUGCCGUGGGGUUCUGUGUCACUGAGGCAGAUGGAGCCUAUGGCAAGAGCCAAGAUUAGAUUCUCUGAGCAUGGGCUGCAAUUUUAAGAAAAAAAGUUGCUGGUUUGGAGGGGUUUGUUCCUUUUUUUAAUUUUUAUAGAGUUGCCAGAGUGCAUCAUUGCAUUCAUGCUUCUCAUUGGUAACAUUUUCAAAAGGGUUUUUUACUGUGGGUACACUGAUACUAGCUUGUAUAGUAAAGCGACUUCAACAUUCUUGUUUUGAAUAACGCUGCAAAUGCAGAUAUUUCUGGUUUAUCAUGUGUACCGGUAAUGACUCUUAACGAAAUUGUCAGGUCCUCAGCUGGCACCACAAAUUGUAGCUUUGUAGUUUAGAAGAUUUUAUUACCAGUGCAAGCUUUCAGUGAUAGCAUACAAAAUUUAAAACGCCCCAAAUACAUUCUUAGUCUUUCCAGGUGAGUGGUGUAAGAACUUCUCUCCAGACACACUGUACCACACAUGCUGGUACUGCCCCGCUGCUCAGGGCACCGCAGAGUUGCAGUUCGAAAACAAAACUCCCAGUGUCAUUUGCCCUGAAAGUUGUCUGUAGAGGCUCCCGGUCACUGUAAGGACACUAAAAUCAUUUCCACGUACUUCAGCCUUGCGCAGCCCGUGUUGAAACACAUAGAUGGGCACAUGUAUAACUUAUCUGUGGCCAAAUGCAUAUUUUUUUGUGUGCGCGUGUGUAUACUUGUGCAUAUAUAAACACAAACACGUACAUAUAUACACAAACGAGUAUUUGGGUCUCCAUUACUCCCACUUACAGGGUAAAAUAGUUACACCGGUUUUACUUAUACCUGUGUAAAUUCUGAGUAACUUCAUUACAUCAUUUGGCUUUGCAGGAGCUGCUUCAGACUUAUACCACUUUAAGUGACAGCAUAAUUUGUCUUUUAAUUUAUAGGAACUGGUUUACACAAUUUAUCUUAUGAACUGUGAAAUUUUCAGAUAGUUUAUCAUAUGAAACAUACUCAUUGACAGUCAAGCAUAUAUGUGUUGUUAAAAUCCCAUCAGAUACAGGAAAUAAUAGACUGAAUUCAAGUAAAUUAGAGAUGGCGUAAUACUCCUGUAUAGCAAUAAAUCCAUUUAAUUGCUAUUGCCAGGUCAUCUGCCUAACAUCAGAUAAGAUAAAACAGGAGAGGUAUUGUAGGGAAGACUAAUGGGAAAGCACAACGUUUGGUUUUGCUCGGUUUAUUUCAUGGGCCUCUUUAUACACUCGGCAUAUUCUGGGAAGUGUCACUUUGUGCAUUGCAGAUAACUUGGAUGAAAUACCAGUACCCUUUGAAAAAACAAGAUGUGUCAAAAACCCUUUUUUCAUUAUAGUACGUGUCUAAUCGAAGAGAGUUAACAUUUAUAGAGCACUGCUAUGUCAGCCAGUUUACAUCAUAAAUAUUAUGCAAAAUAUAAAUUCAUUUGAACUGAAUUGUACAAGGUCUACACUGUACUAUGACACAUUGAAGGCCAAUAUUUUGUUUUGUAAACUAUUACAUAUGUAUAAUUUACCAGUUGUAAUCUUAAAACAUUUGAUUCUGUGAUCUCAGUAAAAGUAAUAAAUAUAAACUGUAUCAUAGGUCCAAAAUACUUGUUCUAUAUGGUAUAUUUGUGGGCUACUGUUUGCCAUUUGUGCCCUCCUAGAGACAGAUGAGACAGUGUGAGCUGAUCCCUGCAUUAAGGCAUUGAUAUUCUUUCUGUGUGUAAACACUGCGCUUUAGUUGUGGUGGGGUGGAGUGUGUCUGUGGGUCGUGAAAUAGAACAGGAGAGUGCAGACAGCGGCAUUUUAGUGCCUCUCCAGACCCUUAGACGAAGUUCCUGUUUGUUGCAGCUCAGAAAGAUCGCAUAUACCUGUCAUCUCCUGAGCAUCCCCAAAGCCCCCCGUGAAAUCCGUGGCUUCUGUCCAAACGCAAUGUCCCGCAGAAUUCGCGGAUUAAGAUAUUCAGAGUGAGAUUCGUCAUUAGCCAUAUAAACCAGUCUAAGAGUAGUAAAUACCUGCCAGAACAGGUAGUGGCGGUGUACGCUGUGUGCAGCAGUGGUGGUACCGCGUAUGUGUCAAAGGAAAGGUAAGAGCAGUAAGUAGGGGGCUGGGCUGGUGAGACAGUUGUGCGCCACUCCGAUUGAACUGCGGCUCUUAACAGGCGUUAUUACCAAGAUUUACGUUUCUAAUAGAACUGUAUUAUUAUGCAUUAUAAUUCAAUUUGCACGCUGAUUUCUUGCUUAUCCUUUCUCAUUCCACAGCGCUAAGUUGAAGUUUUUCUUGUUCCCGAAAACAAUGCUUUCUUUCCAAAAGUAGAAGUAAACUC